AUCCACAUCCCAGCAUGACCCGGACCACCGGAAGUAUCAGAUGUUUAGGUGGUUUUUCACGCUGUUCAACUAUCGUGUUGUUGUAGAGAAGUGUAGUAUUUUAAUGUUGUAAAUAUGUGACAUUUGUGAUGAAUCCCAUUUCCAAUUAGUGUUCCCUUGAUCGUUGUGCUUUUUCAUUAUGGUGUGUAAAAGUAAUAAUUAUGGAAUGAUCAGUGUGACUCAGUCAUUCACAUCAGGGAUUUAUGUUCAUAUGUGUCAUGGGCAACUGUGGAAAAGGGACAUGACUCCUAUCCUUUCUUUGGGAAUAAGAUAUUCCUUUACUUUAUUCCCUUGACAAAACUGGGUGUUGGCAUGUAUUUAACUGAUUGGGUAGAAUAGAUAAUGGGAUUGAAAGCUGCUAUUCAAGCACUGAAAAAAGCUGAAAAAUUGAAAGAAAAAGUUCAAAAUUCAAAGGAUUUAUUGAACGACAACGAUGCGUGGCUAUGUCAACAACAGCUGCAGCGCAUUUAUCAACAAGUUCUCAUCUUGGACUUAGAGUAUGCCCUAGACCGAAAAGUUGAACAGGAACUAUGGAACCAUGGAUUCAAGAAUUAUAUUGGAACUCUGCAAAACUUAGCAAAGGACAAAAAGAAUCCAAAACGUCCAGAAUCCCAAGCUAUGUUAUCAUGGUGUUUGGAGGCUGCUAGUGGUUUUUAUUUAACAUUAUUGCAAGAAAUUUGUACAGCUUUUGAUUUAGAUUUACCCUUUCGAAGGAAAGGAUCGGUGUUUGGCAGUGGAAAAAUUUUACGUGCAGUAGAACACCUCAGUCAGCCUCAUAAAAGUUCCUGCUACUACAUCUGCCAGCAUUGUUUGGUUCAUUUGGGGGAUAUUGCUCGAUAUCGUAAUCAGAGUCGCCAAGCUGAAGCAUUUUACAGGCAUGCAGUUCAAUUAGCACCACACUCUGGACAACCUUACAAUCAAUUGGCUCUCCUGGAAGCUAGUCGUGGAGACAGGUUGAGCACUGUGUUUCAUUAUGUGCGUAGUGUAGAAGUUCGCCAUCCGUUUCCAGCAGCUGCCACUAACCUGGCUCGCACGUUAACUAAGAGUGGUGAAGAACAACUUAAUGUAGAAGGGCGCAACAAAUUAUCAACAUCAGAGUAUAUAUCAGUGUUUUUGAAAUUGCAUGGUAUUCUCUAUGCUGGCACUGACCUAAAUCUUGCAGAAAAGUAUGUAAAGAUUUUGACUACUACUCUGACUGCCCAUGUAGCUACAGAGAGUUUAACUUCUUGGAAAUUUGUUCAGAUGCUAGCUGUCAAUUUGUUUGCUUUGCAUCAUGCUGGGGGUGCAUUGCAGAAUGAUAAGUCAUUUCUUGCUGUACCGGAUGAGCAAUUGACAAAGGAAGAGAGUCAGUCUCGCCACCUCAUUUUGGAUAUCAUGGCAGGUUCCUUAAGUGCUCUUUUGUUACCGGUUUAUACCCUAAAAGAAGGUGAAGCUCUUCUCGAAUACUUUGCCUUACCUGCAAUUAAAUUAACUUUGGAUUGGAUUCGUUUGGAGCCCAAAGUUCUUCUUGAUACAGCAUUUACUACCCGUCUUCAAAUAUGGCCAAGUUUGUGCAAAUUGCUUAAUGGGCUGCAGUCAUCCGUUGUUGAUUUACCAGAGAAAUAUUAUUCUGUUCCUUUGCCUGAGGACAGGGAUUUGCAAGGAUUUCUUCCUUUGGAAAAAGUAUUUAAUGGAUUAAGGUUUAAUAACCAGGAUUGGAAUUUGGAUGCAGCUUUCAUGAAUAAACUGAGAGCUUUUCGGUUGGUAGAAUUUGGUAAAUGGCUAACAAAACAAGAUAGUUAUCAACUCAUUAUCAGCAGGUUGAACAACAAUUCAUCAAUAUUUGAAGCUGUUGGUGGUUUGCAAGUGCCACCUUCUGAUCUGAUCCGCGAGCUGGAAGAGCUAAGCCUCACAAAGUUGCCCUCCCCGGCUCCCUCGGAGGCCAGCAGCUGGGGGAGCUCAGUGACUGGCACCUCCACCCCAGACAAUGGCCUGGUGAUCGUGCCCUCUCUGCCCAGCCCUCACAGCCCACCUCUGCAGUCGAGCCAUUUUGCCAGAGAAGAACCUAAGAGACCUUUUUUCUUUUUGCUUGCAGAACGCCGCUCAGGAAUUCUGAAGCCUCAGGGAUCAUUAGAAAAAUCUCGAGAAAAAGAGAACUUGAGUGACAUUUCUUCAUGGAAUGUAGUUGGUAAUUCUGUCCCAAAACGAGGAAGACAAAAUGUAGCAUUGCAGGCAAUUAUGAGAAAAUCUGUAUUGUCAGGGGAGAAUGUGGAGACUUCAAGAAAUUUAGAGAGCAAACAGGUUACAUUUAAAACUCCAUCGCCAAGUAAUUCUCCUAAUAGCUUACAAGGAGCAGAUGAAAUAGCAGUUCGCAAAACCAGCAAAACUAAUGCAUGGCAGCACCAGGUACCACAGCAACCAGUAGCUGUAGCAGCCACUGCUACUCUUACUGCUGCAGCCACAACAGCUCUGAAACCUGCACCACAGCCACAGCAGGUGCAGCCUACAAUGAAACCUCCUUUGCCUCAGACUGCUCCGCAGUGCCCACCUGCAGCUCAGAUGCCCUUGCAGCCAGUCCCUCCAGUCCCUCAAUCCGCUCUGCAGCACAAUUUGCAAGUACUCCAGCAGCCCUUGCUACCUGCCACCUCCCUGCCCCAGAACCAUUUGCAAAUGCCCCAGCAACCCUUGGCCUUCAAGCACUCCACUGCUGCCACUCCUCCACAGGCCCAAGCAAGGCCUGUCGUGUCCUUUGUUGCUAAAGAACCACCUCAGUUGUCUGGAAUGUUCACUGGAUUCAAUGGGAGUAGUCAGUUACCUUUGUAUCCAAAUCAGCCUCUUCCUGGGGGACAAAAUAACCUGUUUCCGCCACAGCAACAGCAACAACAGCAACAGCAGCAGCAGUCACAAUCGCAAAAACAGGUGCAGUCACAACAGCAACAGCAGCAACACCUGUAUGGCCUGAAAAUGCACCAGCCUUCGUACACCUGGCAAGAAGAGUCAACGCCUGCUCCCCCUGCAAGUGCUUGGUGGGGCACCGACCAACAACCCGUGGCCAAUAGCAGAGAAGAUUCCAAUCAGUCCCAGCCUUUGGCUUCCUCGGCCUUGAAUCUUGGUUUUUACAACAACCUUCUUCAACAGCAACAACAAUCUCUCCGUGGACUAAAUCAUUUGAAAUCUGAUAAUUCCAAUGAAAUCUUUUCAAAUAAUACCUGGAAUGGUCUGCAGAUGUCUGCUCCUAUAAGCGUGAAUCUCCACCAUCAGUUGGUUGGAGGGCUGCAUCGCAAUCAAUUCGCCUCUCCAGCUGCAUCUCAGAACCUGUCACAUUUGGCUGGGACGACAGGAUUCCAAGCACCACCGUUAACUCGGACAGAUAUGCUACCAAACCAUCUCUCGGUAUUCACCAGCAGUGGAUCUAUGGACGCAGAUUUAUCUAAAAAGAGUGCUCCAGAUUCAAUUCAGUCUGAUGCUCCAUCGGUGCAAAGCAGUGAAAAUACCAUGUUCUCUUCUGCUCCAGUUACAGGAUCAUUUUCUUCCCUUGGUUCAUUGGGGGCAAACACAUAUUCACUUUUCAGCACAUCAAAUUGGACUGCAAAUAAUAUGCCUCGCACUGUUGAUAUGGAAAAUGGCUCCAGAAACGGAUUGAAUGGUGUGUUGGGAGUUUCUGGUGGAAGUUCUCUCGGUCUUGGUCAGCAGUCAUUGUGGUCGGGUCCUGGGCCUUCACCUUUGGAGCGAUUGUUGGAGCAGCAGAAGCAAUUGCGAGAAGGGCCCACUCCAAAAGGUGGAACUUGAACCAAACCAUCUGAGAGCAGCAAAACUUUAAUUUACGCAAAUUUUCAGAUGUUACUAUGCUGAAUAUGCUGAUCAUAUGAAGCAUUUCAAUGCUUGGAACAAAAAGUCACAAAAAUGUCGACCAAUGGGAAAUCUAAAAGAUGUAAUGCAUUGCCUGAGUAAGGAUCCUCGAAAUGUAGGAUAACAGGUAAUAGGGGGAAAUGCAGUAUCAGCAAAAAAUUAAUGCAUGGUACUGUUAUUAAGUAAAGGCAUACGAAUAUCAUGAUAGGAAGCUGUGUUUGCAGCAAUAUAUAUCCCUUGCCAAAUACUGUUCCUGAAGAUCAAUAUGGAUUAUCCACUGUUUAUACGAAUGUGAAUUGUAUUGUAGUUGAUUCACAUUGAUGUUGAGAGGGAAUGCAUCCAGAUUUUGCUACCUUUUUUAGCCGUUCUUAUACUAUGAGAGGAUGGUGAUAGUGGUGACGCUGCUGAUAAUUUUACUUGCAUGAUGCCUGUCACUGUUGAUCAGAUGUUAGUUGAUGAGGAGGUAGGAAGAGAGAAAAGCCUUAAAAGAAAUUCUGUAGUCUGAACCUGCUUUUUCUGCAACAAGCACAGAUGAAAUUUAUUAGGUAUUCAGUAGUGCAUAUUUUGUAGCAGAAGCUGCUGUGUAUCAUGGGACUUUAGUUACUGUGAUAGAAUAGUCAGUUAUUUUGAAAUCAUUAGUCUUGAUGAAGUGAGACGUGAAGGAAAGUGACUGAUAGUUCUAGGAAAAUGUAGCAGCAAAAAGUGUGUAUUGUAUAUAACAGAGCAAGACAGCUAGAAUAACCGCAAAAGGUCACAAAUUUCCCUCAGAAACAGUUUGAUUUCAAGUAAAUUGUAUAACAUAUUUCAACUUUAAAUAUAUAUGUAAGCCUAGCAGUUUUCUUCUGGGUGACAAUUUACUGUUACUGGAAUUUCAACACUUCAAGGUAGAAAGGUUAUGCAGAUUUGAUGCUAGAAUCCUGACUAAUGUAGACUCUUCAGUGAAUAAGAAAAUACAGUUUGAAAUUUGACUUUUUCAAUUGUUGAGUGAAGUUAAUAAAUACAGUAAAAAGUAGCAUCAGUUCUUCUAAUUUGAUGAUAAUCUAGGAUGUUGCUUUUUGCCACAUUUGUUUAAUGUUUUAUUUGUUCUGUUGUUGAUUUUUCCUGUAAUUCAAAAGUUUGAAAAUAUAUGGAUUCUGCACAAUCUUGUGUGGUAAUAAAAAUAACUUUUUGUCCUUUUGCCUUUUGUUAUAACUAAAAGAAAUAUUUUGUUUUAAUGACUGCCUCGAGUGUUCAAAGCGCACACACACACACACACACACACAACCCUCUUAUGAC